CACCCCCCCCCCCCCCCCUUCGUCUAAUCAACACCUCUACUGGGCGUUUAUGCAAUCGAGACGCACAGAUCAACGCAUUCAUGGAAAGCACAGAAUACAGGGAGUUUUUUCUCUACCAGUAAUGCAUGGGCCCCUCCAAACGGAGUCACAGAAGCGGCCAUCCAGUGCUUCAGUUGGGUCAUGUUAUCCCACAGGUGGGGAGCCAAGGAGCCAGGGCUGCAUGACAUUAAGGACAAUAUCAUAUACGACUUGAAUCCGGUCGAAACCACUGUGAAGUUGCAGAGGUUCUGCAAAGUCGCCCGCAUCGCUAGACGUGGAGCGAUACAUGCCGCAUUGACCGGCAUAACAGCAUCGAGCUACAAGAAUCAGUCAAUUCCAUGUUUAUCUGGCAUCACUACUCAGCGCUCACCAUCGUCUACCUACCGGAUAUGCCCCCUUCAUCGGAAUCUAGCGCCCCGAAAAUGGCAGUUGGAACAUUCGAGGAUAGACUGUUCCUCGCUCCUAAAAUUAUACUCUUCUACCAAGCAGAUUGAAGCCUAUAUCUCGACGACCACUCACGCAACCACAAGCAGUCUGUCAGUAUCAUGAGGGAGUU